AUGGAUGAUGACACCUUUUUUGAAAAGCUACGCGCGAACUACAAUGAAAUCCGCGGAGUCUUCCGUCGAUAUCUGAGCUAUAGAGUGUAUAACCAUUGUGAAUUUGUACAGAUUGAAAGAAUCGGCGAAAAUACCUUUGAACCUGGGGAAUAUCGGCCGGCUGUCCCGGAUGGGACAAACAAUGACUAUACCUUCGAGCCAAUUCCACCCAAUCCAAUGCCUCCUAUCACGAAGAACGAAUUCAAAUGCAGAUUCUAUUAUUGUUUUCGGCGGGGCGAACCACAUAGGCACUACUUCGGCUUCCGCCAGUGUCCUAAAAGAUACACUCCGUUAAGAAGUGCUCUCAGCCGCAUUCCAAAGAGAAAUUUUUGUCUUGAUAAGAAAGGGCAGAAUCGUGAGAUAUUCUGGGGUUUACUAGCAGUCGAACGCCCUUCUGCGUUCAAGGUUGCCGUAUAUCAUGUGUUAAUUCUGAUCGGUCCUGUCAUGUUUUGGUUCCUCUGGCUUUUCUUUUGGGGGCACUCAGGUGAUUUGCAAAACGCGGCCAUUCCAUUUCUGACUGUAUGCACAUUGUUGUCUAUGUUUUGGUUUCCUAUGAUUCAUAUAUCAUAG